AUGGAAUUGGGUUUGAGUUUAGGCAACACACCCAAGCCCUUAUCUUUCCCCACAAACAAUGCUUCUUCGCUAAGACCUUCCUCAGAUCCACCCAUUCAGCUCCACCUUCUUCCUUCAACACCUGUUCUUCCUUCUUCACACCUUCCCAUUCCAUGGCUCUCCCGUGCACUAGGCAUGGAACGUGUGGCAUCGGAGAUUCCGGUGAGGGCCGUGGACGACACCGACGACGGUGCUGCAGUUUCGUCCCCCACCAGUGCAGUCUCGUCUUUUAGGAUGGAUUUUUGGAGCAGAAAGUCUUGUGACGGUGCCAGCGACUACAACGAAAAUGGGUCAACAAGGAAGAAACUCAGACUCUCCAAAACACAAUCAGCUUUUCUCGAAGACAGCUUCAAAGAACACACCACUCUCAAUCCCAAACAAAAACUUGCCCUUGCGAAAGAGCUCAAUCUCCGUCCCCGUCAAGUGGAGGUGUGGUUUCAGAACAGAAGGGCAAGAACAAAGUUGAAGCAGACAGAGGUUGAUUGUGAGUACUUGAAGAGGUGUUGUGAGAGUCUGACAGAAGAGAAUAGGAGGUUGCAGAAGGAACUGCAAGAACUGAGGGCUUUCAAAACUUGCCAACCGUUUUUCAUGCAGCUUCCGGCCACCACCCUCACCAUGUGUCCCUCCUGUGAACGCGUCGCCACCAACACUAACACCCCCGGCGCCGCCGCCACCAAUGAUAAUAGUGUUUCUCAAAUCUCUGCCUUGGAGAAGCCCAGAUCAUUGCCCUGA